AUGUUGACGGGCAGCGAAGACGUCAGCGUCGAGCGAGCAAGUGGCAGAAACAGGGAGAACGUGGAACAUUCAGAGGUUAUUGGCCUUUCUGCCGUUUUCUCUGCUUCCACCAGCUCUCUGAUGCAGUGUCGACUUGGAGGAAUCUACACAGUGAUCCAGACCAAAGCCAAGAUCACGGUGGACGAAUGGGGGGAGAACUACGACAUGAUGGGGCCCUACUCCCAACACAACUUUAAGACCCAGGUGGAGGAAUGCGAGCCGCCGCACCCCGCCAUCAGGAAGGCCAUGGACGCUCUCAUCAACAAUGGCUGCCAGGUUCAUUUCGGCCGCUGGCUGAUCGAGGGCAGCCCCUUUGUGAUCCUGGUUGACCUCGGCUCUGCAGCCUGGAACCUGGACCGCUGGAAGGGGGACCUGUGGGAGGCCUGCAAGAUAGGCCUGCCCCACUACGACCAAGAGGCCAACGACUCUCUCACCCUGGGCGCCCUGAUCGCCUGGUUCUUCAAAGAGUUAACAGACGAGCUGGGCGAUAAACCCAAUAUCAUCGGUCACUUCCAUGAGUGGCAGGCGGGUCUAGGUGUCAUCCUCUCUCGCUCCCGCAAGAUCCCCAUGGCAACGAUCUUUACGACCCACGCCACCCUGCUGGGACGAUAUCUCUGUGCCGGAAAUGCCGACUUUUACAACAACCUGGACAAGACGGAGGGUUUCCGAUCUGUAAUCCUGAUGGAUGUGUGA